UAAAUUUAAUCAAAACGACAUAUAUAAUUAACAAAUACAUCCACUCCGAAGAUGAAACUCUCAUUGUUCAUUGUCAUUUUUCAGUUAGGGCUUGUCAUUUCCUACGUGGCUGCAGACUCCACCAUUUCUGAUGCCGUGAUUCACCAGAGCAAGACAUGGUGCGUGGUGACGGUAGGAGCAGCCGACGAGAAGCUGCAAGCAUUUUUGGAGUCAACGUGUAGUGAAUUGAAUUGCAAAGCAAUAAGGGCAGGUGGGUCUUGCUACCAACCAAAUACGUUGCAGAAUCAUGCAUCCUACGUUCUCAAUCUUUUCUAUCGCGCUCGCGGCGUCUGUAACUCCCAGAUUGGCACCCCUUCUAUCAAUGAUCCUUCAUUUGGCAGAUGUAUUUAUUCGUGAGCUCGACAAAGUAAUUAAGUCUUUGCACAAGGAAAGAACGGUUUUGAGUUUUAUGGAGUAUAUUAGCAAGAAUAAGAAU